AUGCUUUGCAGGACCACCUUUGGCUUCUUUCACAACCCCCUGGCACCGCUCAGACCCUCAGACCCCGGCCCCCGCCUCGCCGCCAAUAGGUGGACCGGCUGGCCCUGCAGGCCACGCUUCCCUCCUCAGGCCCUUGCUGGUCUCCGGGCUCCUCCUGCCCACAGCUACGCCUGUUUGAUCCAAUUUACCUCUGCCUCUUCCUUCACCUGUUUCCUGACUGGCAAUCAGGAGACACACCUGUCCCUGGUUGUUAAUCCGGUGGUCAUUGCUGGUCAGACGAGGCUGGUCGUUGGUUUUUGUACUCGUACCCGUCAUGCUCGACCCAGUGUUCCUCUGUACUUAAUCAGCAUCGCCGUGUUUUCGCCGAGUGCCCAGGGCGGCAUAAUCGUCAAAUCCAUCAACACACUCGCUUGGCAUCAGAUCAGUACGGCGCCCUUUGAAGGAGAUGGACGUCACCGCUUUAUCAAGCAGACAAAGCAGAGAUCCCUUCCGGCGCGGAACAACUACAUUCAGCGCACCCUCUCAGCAACACAAGCAGUCCAGAGGGGCAAGGCAAGAAGACAGUCCAUGGGCAAGCGAGAGGUCGGGUGCUGGAGAGAGGUGACGAGGUCCGUGUCCAAGCGGGGGUCGAGGAUCGAAGGAACACAGUUUGAUCACAGGAAAUUGGGGGAACACUGCAGGGAACACAAAGGACAUAAGACACGGGCAGAGGGAAAGCACAGAGAGUGCAGGUACGAGGAGGGAAGGCAGAGGCGGGAUGCUUACUGCGAGGAGUGA